AUGUCAGACGACGGCGUGGCGCCUUCGGGUCCGGAGACACUUGCCGCCUUACAGACGAAACAUCCUGCCCCUUCUAGGCCGCUUACGUUUCCGCAGGAUCCUGACAACUCUUUUCCUGCAUUUUUUGUGAGACCAGAAGAGGUAGCUCAGGCACUGGGCUCAUUUAGCAGCAGUUCGGCGGCCGGCUUGGACGGUAUUAGACCAACGCAUUUAAAGGAGCUUACAUCUGGAUCCGCGGGGGAAAACGGUCUGCGGUUGCUGGAAAGCUUGACUAAAUUAUGCAACUUUUUGCUUAGCGGUCAGGUAAAUCUGGAAGUUUGUCCCUAUAUUUAUGGAGCAUCUUUAUGCGCACUUUCGAAGAAGGACGGGGGUAUACGGCCCAUCGCUAUUGGUAGCACUUUUAGACGGUUGGCGGCUAAACUUGGGUGUCGUGCUGUGCGCGAGGAGAUGGCUUCGUACCUUCAACCUUCACAGUUAGGUUUUGGCACUAAAUUGGGGUGCGAGGCCGCUAUUCACGCCACACGGUCUUUUUCAGUGGACCCCAACAACGCGGAUUGUGUUAUAAUAAAAAUCGACCUGAAAAAUGCCUUUAAUUCCAUCGAACGCGAUAUACUUCUGACCGAAGUCCGAGAAAAGGUCCCUUCCCUUUAUCCGUUUCUCUUCCAGGUAUACUCGCUUCCAUCAUUCCUCUUUUACAGCGGUUCCCAGAUUUUGUCUCAAGUCGGCGCGCAGCAGGGUGAUCCGCUGGGUCCUCUAGUAUUCAGUCUCGGGAUACAAAAGGCGAUUUCCGAAAUUCAGUCCCCGUUAAACAUCUGGUAUCUGGAUGAUGGCACCAUAGGAGGAAAACCAGAAGAGGUGGAACGGGAUCUGCUCACGCUUCUUCCUCGCCUUCGAGAAUUGGGGCUAGAGGUUAACUCUACCAAGUGCGAGUUCUUCCCCUGUAGUGCCGGGGCCCGUUCUUCCUUUCCCUCCUUUUAUGAUAUCCUUCCCGGUCUUACGGAGGUGUCCGGUCAAAAUUUUAACCUUUUGGGCUCCCCUAUUUUUGCAGAAGCGAUCCCGGAGGCCUUCGAGGUUAGAAGACAGCUUCUCUUGAUGGCAAGGGAGAGAUUAGAGAAACUGUCGGCGCAUGUUGCUCUCGUGCUAUUGCGGGUUUGCUUUGCUGUUCCCAAGCUCAUGUACUUUUUGCGCACAGUACCGACUUGGCUUCACCCUACGCAAAUGGACUCCUUUGACUGUGCUUUGAGGGAGUCUGUUGAGUCCUUGCUGAAUGUGGCUUUAAAUCCAGAACAAUGGGACCUGGCGUCCUUGCCCAUUCGGAGUGGUGGUCUGGGGGUGCGGCGCGUGAGGGAUGUGAGUCUACCGGCAUUCUUGGCAUCGGCGAGUGGGGUCGUGGAUCUUGUUACUCGAAUUUUAUCUCCUAAUGGUAACAGGGUAUCCAUACCUUACGCUGCUGAUGCUUUGGCGGCUUGGAUGACUCUCAAUCCGGACGCGCCCCGACCCGAGAAGCCGGACGUACAACGGCUAUGGGACGAUGUUGGAGUCAAGAGGAUUGUCGAGGGUCUGAUGGAGAACGCAGUGGGGGCGGAUAGGGCGAGGCUGCUGGCGGGGUCCCAAUCGGAAUCGGGGGCGUGGUUACAUGCGCUUCCAUCUCCGCAUUUGGGCACCCUCCUUGACAAUGAUUCGAUGCGGGUGGCGGUGGCUCUUCGUCUGGGCUGCGAUGUGUGUGUUCCUCACUUAUGCAUCUGCGGUACUAUGGUGGAGAGCAACGGCCACCACGCUUUGAGUUGUGGUCGAUGUGCAGGGAGAUUCCCACGCCAUCACGCUCUUAACGAUCUGAUCCGAAGGGCGCUUGUUUCCGCGAAUGUCCCAUGCAUGCUUGAGCCCCCAGGCCUUAGCCGGUCGGAUGGUAAGAGGCCUGACGGGUUGACGCUGGUGCCUUGGCGGAGAGGAAAGUGCUUGCUUUGGGACGCUACAUGCGUUAGCACUUUUGCUGCAUCGCACAUUGGCCGCACCGUGAGGGCAGCAGGGGCAGCUGCUGAGGUGGCGGCGCUGAGAAAACGGGAGAAGUAUGCGGAAUUGGACGGUUAUUUGUUUGUGCCUCUGGCAGUCGAAACGGCUGGAUGUUGGUGCUCAGAGGCUAGAGAGUUUUUUAAGGAGGUUGGGAACCGGUUGCGAGAUAGAGGCCUGGAUCCCCGCUCCGGGUCAUUCCUUUGUCCAUCGCGAUUCAGCGCGGUAAUGCGGCAAGCGUUUUGGGCACCUUUGCGCCAGGGAUGA